AGUGGAGGUCUGGAAAACAUUAGGAAAAGAACACCCUUCUCCUGCAUAUAAAACAGCAUAUAGUACUUUUAAAUACAUUUGUUUCAGUUGUGAGUCCCUUUCAGUCUUCUCACUAAUACAAUGGCAUCAGAGAAUGAUAGCGCAGUUCUUUGGACAAUCUUCAACCCUACAAGCCCUUUUGGAGACAUCCCUGGUUUAAUCCAAGAGGAAGACCUUGCAGAUGAUGACUGUUCAUUUGACCCUAAUCUGCUAAAGAAGGUGAAGAAUCUGGAGCUGCAGGGUGUUUCUGCUGCUGAGUCUGGAGAUUUGAAGACAGCCCUGAAUUAUUUUGACCAGGCCAUCCAGAUACUUCCCAUAAGAGCUUCAGCUUACAACAACCGUGCCCAGGCCAAACGUCUACAGGGAGAUACUGAUAGUGCAAUUGAGGACUUGGACCAGGCCAUUUUACUGAGCAAGGGCACAGGCCACACAGCCUGCCAGGCUCUUGUUCAGCGUGGCCUCUUGCUCAGACUGGCACACAGGGAUGAAGAUGCCAGGGCUGACUUUGAGCGGGCAGCGGCCUUGGGUAGCAAGUUUGCUAGACAGCAGGCUGUAAUUCUGAAUCCUUAUGCAGCUCUAUGCAACCACAUGCUUUCUGAAGUCAUCAACAACCUACACAAUCCAAAGGUGCCAGAGACACAGUAGAGAUGACGUGACAGACACUGCAAAGUACACAUUGUGUACAUUCAUGAAUGCUUUAGGCUACCCUGGAUUUAAAUGUAUGCAUAUCUUUGUAAUAGAUGUAAUAAAGAUCAUUUUGUUUAUCGGGA